CAAUUGAGUGAUCGUCAAUUCUAUUGUCUUCAAUAGUCGUGGUCAAUAUUCACAUUUUAGAAUAUAGAUUUUGGUCGCUUUGAUUUACCAUACAUCACCCCGCCAUGGCAAAGGUAGACCAAAAAGUCGCAUUGAUCGUAAUUGACGGUUGGGGUAUUCCUGGCCCCAACUCUCCUCCAGAGGGAGAUGCGAUCGCCGCGGCAGAGACACCCGUCAUGUCAUCUUUUGCGGACCCCAAUGCAAAGGUUGCGCAAGGAUACACAGAGCUAGAAGCAUCCUCUCUGGCCGUCGGCCUUCCUGAAGGUCUUAUGGGAAACAGUGAAGUCGGCCAUCUCAACAUCGGUGCCGGUCGUGUCGUCUGGCAGGACAGCGUGCGCAUCGACCAAACCUUGAAGAACGGCAAACUGGGCGAAAUCGAGAACAUUCGCAAAUCGUUCCAGCGGGCAAAGGAUGGCAAUGGACGUCUUCACUUGCUAGGCUUGGUCUCCGAUGGUGGUGUUCACUCGAAGAACCAGCAUUUGUACGGUCUCCUUCAGGUCGCCAAGGAUAUUGGUGUGCCAAAGGUUAUCAUUCACUUCUUUGGUGAUGGUCGUGAUACAGACCCCAAGAGCAGCACGAAAUAUAUGCAGGAAUUGUUGGACAAGACCAAGGAACUCGGUAUUGGUGAAGUUGGCACUGUUGUCGGUCGUUACUAUGCUAUGGACCGUGAUAAGCGCUGGGAUCGUGUUGAGAUUGCUAUGAAGGGUAUUGUCACCGGAGAAGGAGAGGAUAGCAGCGAUCUUGUCAAGACCAUUGAAGAGCGCUACGCCAAGGGCGAAAAUGAUGAAUUCUUGAAACCCAUCAUCGUUGGCGGCAAGGAGAACCGAGUCCAGGAUAACGACACUCUUUUCUUCUUCAACUACCGAUCGGACCGUGUCCGCGAAAUUACCCAGUUGCUAGGAGGCUACGACCGCUCCCCGAACCCCGACUUCCCUUACCCCAAGGAUAUCCACAUCACCACCAUGACCCAAUACAAAACCGACUAUACAUUCCCCAUCGCCUUCCCUCCCCAACACAUGGGCAACGUCCUCGCCGAAUGGCUUGGAAAGAAAAACGUGACUCAAAGCCACAUCGCCGAAACCGAGAAAUACGCACAUGUCACAUUCUUCUUCAACGGCGGAAUUGAGAAGCAAUUCCCCGGCGAAGAGCGUGACAUGAUCCCUUCCCCCCGGGUUGCCACUUAUGACUUGGAGCCUAAGAUGAGCGCUUGGGCUGUUGGAGAGAAAGUCGUUGAGCGUCUUGGAGAGAACAAAUUUGAGUUUGUCAUGAACAACUUUGCGCCUCCCGAUAUGGUUGGACAUACCGGUGUAUAUGAAGCUGCUAUUCAGGGUGUGGCCGAGACUGAUAGGGCUAUUGGCCAUAUCUAUGAAGCUUGCAAGAAGCAUGGUUACAUUCUUUUUAUCACUGCUGACCAUGGGUAAGUCCAAUACCAUAUACAUUCUAUACCUAUCACACUAACGUCCCACAGUAAUGCCGAAGAAAUGCUCAACGAGCAGCGCAAACCCAAAACCUCUCACACCACAAACAAAGUCCCCUUCGUCAUGGCCAACGCCCCUGAAGGCUGGAGCCUGAAGAAAGAAGGUGGUGUUCUCGGAGACGUUGCCCCUACGAUUCUGGCUGCCAUGGGCAUUGAGCAGCCCGGAGAAAUGACCUGCCACAGUCUUUUGAUCAAGUCAUAGACUUCCUUGCAGCAUGGUAUUGAUAUUGCGACGAAUUUUGAAUAAGUAAUAAACCAAACAUCUGGACGCGAUGUGUGUGAUCGAGUUGUUGUUUUUUUUUUUUCUUGUUCUACAUGAAGUGAUGAUAGGAUCGCUCCCUACAAUUAUAGAUAAUGUGGGUGCACUAAGGUGCAAGUACGUACGUAC